UGUCACCCAGGCCAGAAUACAGUGGCACAAUCAUAGCUCCAUGUAGCCUUGAACUCCUGGGCUCAAGUGAUCCUCCCACUCAGCCUCUCAAACAGUUGAGAUUACGGUAUAAACCACUGUGCCUAGCCUUAAGUCAUUUUUAAAUUUGUACUGAACAGUUUGUCCUUUCCUUCCAUUAAAUCAUAUUAGAAGUACAGAACUUGAUAUUUCCUGUAGCAAUACAGUAUAUCUUUGAUGAAGUUUGAUUUCAAGUACUUAUUUUUCAUAAUUUAAAGCUAUUUUUUAUAGAGAUAACUUUAAUCAAAUAUUUGGAUGUCGCUAUUGCUAUAUGUGAUAUUAAGUAUGGUGACCAUAGUUUAUAAACUCCAAACUGACAGCAGGACAGGAAAUUUGUGUUAGCAAAGGCUUUUUUCUUACUGUUUGAAUUUUUUAAAAAUUAGGUACCAUACAGAGAGGAGCACACAAAUCGUUAAGAGUACGGCUCAGUGAAUUCUCACAAAAUGAACAUGUGUAAACAGCAAGUAACAGAAGAUUUACCUGCAUCCUAUAACCUCCCAUUAUUCCCUUUUCUAGCAAGAAGGCUCACUUUGUGCUCAACAUUGCCUGAAUAAUUUAUUGCAAGGAGAAUAUUUUAGCCCUGUGGAAUUAUCCUCAAUUGCACAUCAGCUGGAUGAGGAGGAGAGGAUGAGAAUGGCAGAAGGAGGAGUUACUAGUGAAGAUUAUCGCACGUUUUUACAGCAGCCUUCUGGAAAUAUGGAUGACAGUGGUUUUUUCUCUAUUCAGGUUAUAAGCAAUGCCUUGAAAGUUUGGGGUUUAGAACUAAUCCUGUUCAACAGUCCAGAGUAUCAGAGGCUCAGGAUCGAUCCUAUAAAUGAAAGAUCAUUUAUAUGCAAUUAUAAGGAACACUGGUUUACAGUUAGAAAAUUAGGAAAACAGUGGUUUAACUUGAAUUCUCUCUUGACGGGUCCAGAGUUAAUAUCAGAUACAUAUCUUGCACUUUUCUUGGCUCAAUUACAACAGGAAGGUUAUUCUAUAUUUGUUGUUAAGGGUGACCUGCCAGAUUGCGAAGCUGACCAACUCCUGCAGAUGAUCAGGGUCCAACAGAUGCACCGACCAAAACUUAUUGGAGAAGAAUUAGCACAACUGAAAGAGCAAAGAGUCCAUAAAACAGACCUGGAACGAGUGUUAGAAGCAAAUGAUGGCUCAGGAAUGUUAGAUGAAGAUGAGGAGGAUUUGCAGAGGGCUCUGGCACUAAGUCGCCAAGAAAUUGACAUGGAAGAUGAGGAAGCAGAUCUCCGCAGGGCUAUUCAGCUAAGUAUGCAAGGUAGUUCCAGAAAUAUAUCUCAAGAUAUUCCACAGACAUCAGGUACAAAUCUUACUUCAGAAGAGCUUCGGAAGAGACGAGAAGCCUACUUUGAAAAACAGCAGCAAAAGCAGCAACAGCAGAAGCAGCAGCAGCAGCAGCAGCAGGGGGACCUAUCAGAACAGAGUUCACAUCCAUGUGAAAGGCCAACCACCAGUUCAGGAGCACUUGGGAGUGAUCUAGGUGAAAUAAACAGCCUUGUUGCUCACACAAAGCCUGUUUGGUGGUCUCUUCACAUGGAUGUGCGUGACAUUGGGUGCCGAAGACCUGACAGGAGGACUCCUCUGGGAGACCGGUCCCCUGUCCUCGCCCUCACUCCAUGAGGAGAUCCACUUGCGACCUUGGGUCCUGAGACCAACCAGCCCAAGGAACAUCUCAUGAAUUUCAAAUCAGGUAAGCGGUCUUUUCCAGCCUCUCUUGCUACCCUUCAAUCUCCCUCUCUUGCUACCCUUCAGUCUCCCUGUCCUUCCAAUUCCAGUUCUUUUUCCUCUCUAGUAGAGACAACGGAGACACAUUUUAUCCACGGACCCAAAACUCUGGCGCUGGUCACAGACUCGGGAAGACAGUCUUCCCUUGGUGUUUAAUCACUGUGGGGACACCUGCCUGAUUUUUCACUCACACUCCAUUGGUGACUGAUCAUUGGGGGGCACCUGCCUUGGUCAUUCACUCACAUUGCCUUGGUGGCAAGUCAAUUGCGGGGACGCCUGCUUUGGCUGCUCACCCACAUUGCAGCCCAGGGCUGCUCACCCACCCCCUUUUCUGUGUCUCUACCUUUCUCUUUAAACUUACCUCCUUCGCUAUGGGCAACCUUCCGCCCUCCAUUCCCCCUUCUUCUCCCUUAGCCUGUGUUCUCAAGAACUUAAAACCUCUUCAACUCACACCUGACCUAAAACUUAAAAGUCUUAUUUUCCUCUGCAAUACUGCUUGACCCUAAUACAAACUCGACAGUAGUUCCAAGUGGCCAGAGAAUGGCACGUUCGAUUUGUCUGUCCUACAGGAUCUAGAUAAUUUUUGUCGAAAAAUGGGCAAAUGGUCUAAGGUGCCUGACGUCCACACAUUCUUUUACACACUGGUCCCUCCCUAGUCUCUGCUCCCAAUGUGACUCGUUCCGAAUCUUUCUUCUUUCUCUCCUGUCUCUUCCUUCAGUCUCCACCCCAAGCUCUGAGUCCUUUGCGUCCUCCUUUUCUACGGAUUCAUCUGACCUCUCCCCUCUUCCCCAGGCUGCUCCUCGCUAGGCUGACCCAGGUCCCAAUUCUUCCUCAGCCUCCACUCCCCCACCCUAUAAUCCUUUUAUCACCCCCUCCUAACAUCCCAUCUGGCUUACAGUUUCUUUCCUUGACUAGCCCUCCCCCACCUGCCCAACAAUUUCCUCUUAAAGAGGUGGCUGGAGCUGAAGGCAUAGCCAAGGUUAAUG